AUGAAUCUGUCCAAAAUUAUUUCCUGCGACCCUGAUUCGAUGACCGGCCUGAAUGGCAGGCUCCCUUCGGUACCAACCAACGGCCCCAUUAGACUGGCGGGUAUCAUUCAUGGAACGUCCACGUACUGGGAUAGAGUGCUAGAUGGAGCCAAUGACGCCGCUAAUCUGACCGGUGUUGAGGUAGACUGGUUCUUGCCCGAGAACAAUACUUUUAAUCCUACCAUUAUGGCCAAUCAGAUCCAUGCCGCCGCCAAUUCGAGACUAUACGAUGGCCUUUUCUUGACCAUCCCUAACGCCGAAGUCGCCGCCUCCGUGAUGCGGGUCACCAGGGAGCAAGUAGGGAUGCCGGUCGUGGUUAUCAAUGUGGGUGAACAGACCGCAAGUCAGCUGGGCUACUUGUCCGUCCUUCAGAAUGAUACUUUCGCUGGCGAAAAGCUUGGGUAUGCCCUUUACGACCGAGGCGCCAGGAACUUUUUAUGCAUCAGUCCCACUCAGACGGUCCAGUCUCUGAACGAUCGAUGUGCAGGAGUCAUGCGAGCUUUCACCAAUCGUGGAAUCACGUUUGAGGAAGGCUCUGCUUUCAACAAAACCAUCUUCACUGGACCGACCAACAUCAAUACACCGGCAAACCUCGACAGGAUCAGGAAUUAUCUGCGGAAUAAGACAUCCGUCGACGCGAUCAUCAGUAUGAGCAUUGUGGUCAUGCCACUCGCCUUGGAGGCCUCAGUUUUACCGCGCAAUGUCACUGUGACUCCAGCGGUCGGUAGGACAGGGAACUAUUGGGUCGGCACGUUUGAUCUGGAUGACACUGUCGUCGCGAAUGUCAAAUCGGGUGCAAUCGCCGUUGCUGUUUCCCAGACACCUUAUCUCCAGGGAGCCAUUCCAGUCAUUGAGCUCUUCCUCCAGGUCGCCACAGGACAGAAACUGGUGGAGCCCGUUAUAACCACAGGACCCAACUUGCUGACAGCAGAGACGAUUGAACACGAGUACCAUCUGGAUAUGACCGCCAGCCUCCAGGACUUUGCCAAAGCGCAGAAAACGGUCGUCGUCCUCAACCGCGACAUCCCGCUCGAAUCCACCCGGUGGAAUGAAGCGCUAGGAGGAUUGGUCCAGUCGGCCUCCAUGCUUGGAUAUGAUACCGUAUCAGCAACCUCAAUGGGUCAGCUCAACACAAUUCACGCAGAUCUAAAGAAGAGCCAGACCAGCGUUUCUUCUUCCGUCAACUAUGGACCUUACAGUGGCGUUCAGGGCGUCGUGGUCUCUCUCGCGGACACAACGCAGUACGAUGAGCUCAUGAACAACACUGCGACUCUCGGUGCGGACAUGCCUGUCAUUGGCCUGGGCAGUGUGUCAAACACGACCGUACUUCAGAAUAGGACUGUCUGGCUUGGACCGAGUGACGAGGCCAUGGGAUCGACCAUCAUCAAGGAGCUCUUCAGCAGCAGUUACAGCGUCCCUCUGUGUCUUGUGGAAGAGAACGGUCCUUGGUGGCAAUACAAACACUGCGAACAGCUGUACAACACCCUAGUCCAUAUGUACGGAAUGGGCCGAGUGGGCUCAAAAGACAACAUGAUUCUUAUCAUCCAGGCGAAUGCGGUUGACCUCGCCUACAACAUGACUGGCUCGCUUGCAGGAGACCUCGACAUCAACGGCGACCUUCGACUUGAGCACCAAGCAUCCGCCCAGGCGGCUACGGGCAACAGUGAUACAGCACCAAGCAGGAACGCAACACAGCAGAUCCUGGACGCUUUUGGACCUUCGGCUGUCGUGGCUUAUGAUUCCAUCAUCUGCACCUCGUUGGCCUUGUACGCCAAGGUCGACGAGGUCUACAAUGACCUCACUAAUCUGCGACGGAACUCUGGAGAGUCGAUGGGGCCCGCAUUGAAGAGGAAUGCGUCCACGUUCGCCGCCCUUCCCUCUUUGUCCAAGAUGUCCAGUGACCCGAACACCCCUGGCGUCUUUGUCCUCGGCCUGUCGCCCAAAGACCUGUUCUCUCUGGCGCGCGACGAACUAGUCACCGGUAUUCUAAACCCGCAGCAGUAUCUCCAAGGCUUCCACUCCAUCCUGAGUCUGACGUCCCGCAUGAUGUUCCCAAGCCGAGCGACAGUCUUUAACCAGUUUUUUAAUACGGGCCCUGUUGCGAUGGACUACGCCUGUUCCGCAGGCAGCUUUUACUCCUCAUUCAACCAAACCCCGGUUGAUCUCGGGUCGAUUUACGGUUAUGUCGGUGCCAAUCUUGCAGCUCUGGCGUCUGACCCUGGUCUGACUGGAUUAGCAGGCGCUACAUCCAUGCUUUGCUUGGACGCCCAAAACCGUGUCCUUGUCCAGUCCAUGUGCACGCGCUGUGCGAAGGGCAAAUACAGUAACAGCACAGACUCUAGUGAGUGCACAUCCUGUCCUUCUGGUCAAGUCACUUUGGGCAUCGGUCAAACGCAAUGCGAGAUCUGUGAAGGCGAGGAGUGUUCAGGUUCCUCGGGAAUGAGUAUCACGACUCUCUUGCUUGCAGUGCUUAUCCCUGUCUGUGUGACCAUUGCCUCAGUUGUGGCCGUGUAUUGCCUGUGGGUCCGCCGCAAAAAAUCCAUCAACCUCAAGAAGUUGAACGACGACUCUUGGCAGCUGGAUCUUGCCAAGCUCCUUUACAGCGGCAUUGGAGGCGAACCUGAUGGCACAUUUGGUCCUCCUCGCAUGGAUGGAGGUGAUGGUGGUGGCGAGGAAGGAAGCACCACCAACAGUCACAGCCUCAGCAAGAGGAUCAGGAAUAACUACAACAAUAUCAUUCUCCCAGCCAUCACGGUCGGCAGUGGAUCGUCCCAGAAUACACCGUCAGCUACGCGACAGCUCUCCAUUUCGGAAUCCCAGGACGCACCGGAUAUCCCUCGCAGCGGCAGUCGUGCCGGAUCGGCCAGUAUUAGUGCACGAUCCGGUUCAACUAACACCAAGGGCAUGCAGGGACAUAGCAACAGCCAGUUCUCCCUGGUGAUGAACCGCGGGUCUUCGGCUGUAGGCACAUGGAGGAGUAUGCCCGUUUUCAUCAAGAAGAUUGGAUCGAGGAAAGUCACUGUCAACGCAGAACUUCGCAAAGAGAUCUUCAACAUGCGUGAACUUCGCCACCCCAAGCUUGUCGAAUUUGUCGGUGUCUGCCUUGCCCAGCCCAACAUUUGCAUCGUCACAGAACUCGUGCCCAAAGGAACAUUGGCGUCAAUUUUGGCCAACACCGACCACAAGUUCACUUGGCUGUUCAAGUUUAACUUUAUGCAAGAUCUUUGCAGAGGCAUGGAGUUUUUGCACAUGUCCAAGAUUGCCUUCCACGGACGUCUCACAAGUAUGAAUUGCCUGAUCUCAUCCCGGUGGGAGCUCAAGAUUGCGGGUUAUGGUCUGAGCGAGCUCUACAGGUCGCAGCAAGAAGGAUCAGAAGUCAACCAGUUUAAUAAUCUGGCUCAGACCACACAGUCUACUUCUUCGUCCAACCAGCAGCGCAGUAUUGGAUCAGGAUCAGGAUUCGGCGGGUUCCGUCCUAGGGCGUCUGACUCGGAUCGAUCCCAACACCUCAACCAACAUCUCCAACAACAGCAGGGCAUCUAUGACCUUGGUUACGAGGCGCCUUCUCCUAAGAUCCGCGACUUGACUGAUACCAUGGACAAGGAGGAGCGUGCGUUUUAUGGGCAGGAGAACGCUACUGCUGCUGGUGCUGGGACACCUAUCACAGCUACUUCGACAGCAGUUUCUCCUCGACUCCACCACAGACACGGCAGCUCCCGCAAUGGUUCUAUUUACCCGGCUGCACCCCCAUCCCACAGCGGCAUAUCGUCUAUGGCCGAACAUUCGGGCAUUGAUUACAGCACUGACUCGACGCCCUUGCUCUGGACAGCUCCCGAAUGUCUACAGCUUGACAAGAAUGGCGACUAUGAGGCCAUCGGCAGCCAACGUGGCGAUCAUUAUAGUGCUGGAAUCAUCUUCAACGAAAUCUUGACGCGCAAUUUGCCUUACCAUGACUACAACGACGACGCUAACGUGUUGGAUAUGGUCAAGGAUCAAGACUUCCGCCCAACUUUUAUGGCCCCCACUGACGGUACCUUCACUGAGGAGGAUCGUGAGAACCUGGAGCAGAUGAACCAACUGAUCCGACUAUGUCUGUCAAAGGACCCCAGCAGCCGCCCCCACUUCACGGCCAUGCUGACUCGUAUCAACGACAUCAACCCCCACAAGUCGAGCGACUUUAUCAGCAGUAUGUCUGCCAUGCUGGAGAAGUAUGGUAACGACAUGGAGGAACUGGUCAGGGACAGAACCCGCAACCUGCAUGAGAGAACCGUUCAACUCGAGGCGGAGAAGGCGAGAACCAAUCGGUUGGUCGUCGAUCUCCGAAAGGCCAAGGAGGGUGCAGAGGCAGCAGCAACAGCAAAGUCGAACUUUUUGGCCAACAUGUCCCACGAGAUCAGAACGCCCAUGAACGCCGUCAUCGGAAUGUCGCGAAUUCUGCUGGACUCCAAGCUCAACCCGGAGCUAGCAGAGUGCGCCGAGACUAUUGAGUCGUCCGGAAAUCAACUGAUGACUGUCAUUGACGAUAUCCUGGACUUUUCAAAGAUCGAGUCUGGCAACCUCAAACUGGAGCGUCGUCUUCUGGAUCUCAGCUUUGUUAUGGAGUCCGCUGUCAACCUCAUCAGCUCCCAGGCGUCUAACAAGGACCUCAGUCUCAUCUAUGAAAUUGACCGCAACUGCCCCGUCGAGAUCAUGGGCGAUGUCACACGAAUCCGACAGAUCCUUUUGAACCUGAUGAGUAACGCCGUCAAGUUCACCAAGGAGGGUGUUAUCCAUGUCUCGGUCGCUGUCGAGACUCAACCCGAAGUCCGAUUUGAGGGUGAGGAGACCAUCAACGGCGCCGGAAACAGCAGGACAACUACGGCUACCGCAGCGGACCCCACACGAUUGAUGCCUCCAGGAAGCGGCGGUAGUAACAAGAAGCCCUCCAGGAAGGCCACCGCAACAGAAACCUCAGCAACACCACCUGCAGUCAUCAGUGAGGAGGAGACCCAAGCAGAUUUGCUGGAGUCUGUACCAUUAUCAGAUGCAGCAGAUAUGGGCCGUACAAGCUCCGGAACCCUGAUCCCUCCCCAGACCAAACCCAUCAAGUUGGUCUUCGCCGUCAAGGACACAGGUGUUGGUAUCCCAGCCGAUCGCUUCGACAAGCUCUUCACCAGCUUCUCUCAAGUGGACGAAAGCACAACUCGCGAGUAUGGAGGAACGGGUUUGGGUCUGGCAAUCAGCAAACGCCUUAGUGAGUUGAUGGGUGGAAGCAUGUGGGUCAAAAGCACUCCCAACGUCGGCUCAACCUUUUCCUUCAAUAUUGUCCUCGACAGCCCUGUUGGAUGUCCCUCGUACGGUCAGCAAUUUGAGCUCUCCAAGCUAGCGGACAAGAAGCUGGUGAUUGUUCAGGACUGCCCCAAGGGACAGGAGGAGUGGAGGCGACGCACGCAGGCCUGGAACAUGAAUAACGUCAAGAUCCUGGGAAGUGACCAAAUCUUGCCCUACCUCCGAGACGACCAGGAGUCCAACGAGAGCGACAAUGUUGUCUCAAGUACGUCUAUGGCCAAGGCUUUGACACGCGAGGCUCUCCAAGCGAAGGUCGAGGCACUGAUUAUCGAGACUGAGCUCCAGGGACUGGUCUCAGCUACUCCCGAAGGCAUCUUGAACGCCAUUCAGCGAUCAGCAGUCGUAACGACCCAUCUUUCUGGUCCUAACCGAAAGUCAGCUCUGAACAGACGCCGGGCGUCGAUCAAGGCCGCCUCCAUUUCUUCAGGCACUGGAGAUCUCAGUGGGACUGUCUCCCCGACUGCCCUGCCCCUGAUCCCCGUCAUUAUCUUUAAGAAUAUGAGAGACGUCCGCACUGCGGCAUCUGUCUCGUCCUCGUACCACGGCCAUGCUCGUAGAGACGCCUCAAGGUGGAGUGGAGAGAGAAUCUCGAGCAGUGAUACUGGGGAUGAGGAAGCUGUGUCGACAAGCUCUGGCUCGAUCCACCACCGACUUGACCCCCAGGGCCGAUGGAAGAUCUAUGGUGACCUGUCUCAACAGCCACAACAGCAACAACAGCAACAGUCCAAGUAUGUUGGUGCUUCCACGUCUUCUUUGCCCUCGGAGAGGUCCUCUCCUCCGUUUGCACAUAACGGAGUCGAGGGUGGUUCUCAGACCGGUCGACUGACUUACACAACCGGCCCUGGCAGUCUGCUGACACCUCAUACCCAGGCGACGAUCUAUGAGCACAGCAUCAGCAGCGUCGACCACCUCUCAACCAACGUCCCUUCACCCGCACCUUCCCUCGGCCGUACUGGAUACUUUAGCAACAGCGACAACGAGUCAGUCACGACGACCAGUCCACCUUUGCCUUAUCAAGGAAACGAAGGAGUUGGCGGCUCCAUGUCUUAUCAUCACCGUCGGGUGAUGCAGUAUGGAGGCUACAACGGCAUGGGCAUCUUUACCACGCCGGUUUACUUUACCAAACCCAUUCGUCACUCCAAGGUGCUGCAGGCGCUUGGCGAGGAACCCAUCCUCUUUGAUCCUCGAGACUUUGAGGAAGAAGAAGACGAGGAUGACUAUAACGACAUUGAUGAGGAGGAUGAGAUUGAGGACGAGGAGGACCAUGUCAAGAUCGAGGACGCCUCGGUUCCGACCAACGACAACCCGACCCUCUUCAAAGACGCCCUUCGUGCCACUGCCUCUGCGAACCCCAUGGCUCUUCUCCCGCUCAUGCCCUUGGCCAUGAAGAGGCAACAGCAGCAACAAAUGCCACGGGCAGAUUCCACGGAGCCGUAUUUCGUUGAUCCCAUCCAGCCGAAUGAGCAGCCAGUCCCAGGUCAGGGUCAGUUCUUCCCGGCCAAUACCCUCAAGAUGCCCAUGGGCGGCGACAAGACAUUCAUCGACUCUGUGGAUCCCACAAGUACUGUGGUGAUUGAUAUCCCUUCUGAUGAUAGCAGCGGUAUCGCGCCGAUGGCUUCGGGACCUGCCCCUACAGUCACCACAAGAUCAAGACAAACCUCGACUGGGUCGACAAGCGGGCCGGAGAUCAAGUUCCUGGAUCAACCCCCGCCUCAACCAGAGCCCCGCUCUCGUUCCAACGAGAACAAUGAAACCAUGAUGACCUUGAGCCCGCAGCAACAGCAACCCGUACCCAAGCGACUCCUCCCAGGCACGCCCAAGCGUAGGUCCAUCGCAGCCAUGAAUAUGUCGAGCCCCAGGUCAUCGAUCAUGUCCCCCACAGGAUCUGAGCCUGGAAUCACCACACCUCGAACUGUCGGCAUGAACGCGGCGACAGGAGGCAAUGGCGGAGGAAGUGCCUACUCGUCACCAGCGAUGGCAGCAGUCGCGGCAGCGUCUUCGUCGACUGCGCGUAAGAUGGCCAAGAUCAAGGUCCUGGUGGUCGAUGAUAACCCGGUCAACCUCAAGGUCGUCUGCAAGAUGCUGGGCCGACUCGGAGUGGAACCAGAUCUCGCCAACAACGGACAAGAAGCUGUUGAACUGAUUGAGAAGAAGAUUGCUCUCCUUUCUCUGCAGCUUGAAGGCUCAUCUGCAACUGCUCCAGUUGACGGUAACGAGGCUGCACCCUUGCCCUUGGCGUUGCCCUCGCCUCUCGAACACUCACUCUCAGAGUCGAACGUGCAACUGCAGAGACCAAUUUUGGUGUCGAAAGCUGGAACUCAGCAACGAGUCCAGUAUUCGGAUUCGGGCAGCGCGACUAGCAGUACUCAUGGUGUCGAUUCCGGACUGGGUCUCCUCACUGAUACUGACGAUCAACUCAAUGUACCUCACCCACCUCGUGUUGCUUCUUCAAACUCCACCAUGAUCGCCGACCUCGCGUUCGAGUCCCUCAACUCAAUCUCUUCCGACCUCCCCGCAACCACAACCACCUCCGCCCCCCAAAAGUCAGCCGGUCCCGGUCCUCAUAUAGUCCCCUACGACCUGAUCUUUAUGGACAUCUGGAUGCCCAAGAUGAACGGCCUCGACGCCUCCGGCUACAUCCGCAAGAAUCUCUCUGGCAACACCCCCGACCGCCCCUACAUCAUCGCAAUGACCGCAUGUGUGAUGCCAGGAGACCGUGAGAAGUGUAUCGCCUCGGGCAUGAACGAUUACAUCUCGAAACCGCUUCGGAAGGAAGAAUUGGAGCAGUGCCUGAGAUUGUUUACGAACCAUUACUCGAAGCAUUCUCGUUCUCGGUCAUCGUCUUCGGCGAAUAGAGGUUGA